AUGGACCCCUAUGAUGAUAUGAACCGUGUUUUAAUUACCAACGAUGUUGAUUCUCAAUGUGUUGAUAUGUUAAUAGCUAAUGGAUUUUCAGAAUUAGAUAUUUUAAUUGUUCGAAUUGCAACAAAAGUAACAAAUGCAGUGAUCAAAGCAUCGCCACGUUUAAAAUUAAUCGGACGAGUCGGUACAGGAGCAGAUAGUAUUGAUACUGAAGCAGCAACACGUCAUGGAAUCUUAGUUAUGAAUACACCUGGUGGAAAUACACUUUCAGCUACUAUUGGUUAUGAUCAAUUAUUAACUGCUGAACAAUCUCAUUAUAUAACAGGUCAUGUUCCAUUUAUUGAAGGAACUCAUUAUUUAAUCAAUGAUGAAGUUUUAUCGUUAUGUAAACGAGGUGUUAAAUUAAUAAAUGUUGCUCGUAGUGGAAUAAUCGAUGAAAAAGCUCUUCUUAAUGCUCUUAAUUCUGGUCAAUCUAGUCCUCAUUUAGGUGUAAGUACUCGUGAAGCUCAAAAACGUGUUGCUAUUGAUUUAGCUCAACAAAUAACUGAUUUUAAACAAGAACAUUCAUUAAUUGGCGUUGUUAAUGGAUCAGCAAUUACAUCACAAUUUGCUCAAGAUACUGUAUCGAAUCAUUUAUUUGAAGCUCUUUCAAUUUAUUUUUCUUAUGGAUAUUUACAUGAAAAAGGCAAUAAACGUGUUAAUUUUGUUAAUGCUCGACAUUUAUUUGAAGUUAAAAUGGAUAUGCUUGUUGAUACAAAAACAAGAAUUAAAUAA